GAAUCCUGAAUAAUUGCUGCCCCGGUUUAUUUGAUUUGGUGUGUAAAACCUUGACAAUAAUGCUCCAGAGUCUUUUCUGCUCGUCUUAUCAGUAAUUGUCAUGCUGCCACCAUGACGCUAGUGGGCGCUGUUUCUGACUGUAAACUUUUAAAUUCAAACAAGAUGGCAGCGCCCUGUGAGCCCGUGCAGGACUGAAGACACGAAUCCAACAUUAAAAAAAUAAAGAUAAACUAAGCGUGACGACAUAAAUGCAGAUGAGCCAUGACAUCUGCAGCAAAACCAUCUAAGAAAGCUCUCAAAAAGCAGGUCCGAAGUAAGGCCUCCUUUACGUCACCCUUCAGUGCAAAAUGGAGCCCACUUUUACCGAAAGACAAGGAUUUCAUCCUGAGAACUUUAAAGGACAAAAUAAUUGCCACAGGCCUGAAGAAGGAAGAGGUGAAAAUGCCUCACCAGUGGAGGAAAAAGAAGGAGAAUAAACCAGAUGUUGCUGCGGAGCCUGUUCCCCAGGCGAGUGAGGAGGCGCAGGGGCCCAACCCGACCAGAAACGGCUGGAAAGAUACGGCGGCCAGACGGCAGCUGGCCAUCGGCAUCAACGAGGUCACCAAGGCACUAGAGAGGAACCAGCUCCGGCUGCUGCUUGUUUGUAAGUCUGUCAGACCGCAGCUCAUGACGAACCACCUGAUCGCUCUGAGCGCAACGAGAGGCGUGCCGGCCUGCCAGGUGCCCCACCUGAGCGAGAGCGUGGCGGAGCUCCUGGGGCUCAAAAGCGUCCUCUCUCUGGGGUUCAGGCGGUGUUCUUCUGAAGACCAGGAGAUGUUCAGAGACACGGUGGAUGCCAUUAUACCCAGAGUGCCUUCACUGGAAGUUGAUUGGCUGACAGAUGAAGCAGCUGCAGUGCCAGCUGAACUCACGGCUGACCUGGAAGAGGAAGAGGAGGGAGAGGAGCAGAUGGAGGAGGGGAAGGAGGAGGAAGGUGGGAGAAGAGCACAAAAACGGAAACUGGAGAUUGAAUCUGAAAUCACAGACUCUGCCUUAUCCUGCACUCUGCGGCCUUUGAAAGUAAAGAGAAUUGUUCCAAACCCCGAUAAGAAAAGAAAAACAAAACUGAAGAAACAGAAAUGAAAGAUCUUCACCUGUUUCUUCUGUUGUUUUAUUUUGUUUGCAUAUUGUUGGAACUUUGACAGCCAUCAAAACAGCUUUAACCAUAUCAGUUUUGAUAAAGGUUGAGCUCUCAAUUAAUUAAUCUGAUCUUUUUACAGUUUUGUGAUAAAACAUUAUAGUUUUCAUCUGUAUCUUUACGGCAUUUCUUCUUUCAUGAAUCUUGUUUAUAAUGCUUAAAAGUUGUUUUGCAGAAUCUAAUAAAAUACAGUUCUGUUCAAGUUAA